GGACCAUCUACUCCCUAUAAAAGGCGAAAGCGCCCUACAGAAAACAAUCCCCACUUCGAUCACAUCGCGCUUCCUCACACACGGUCUUCUUUUGUUGUUUUGAAAAAUGUCCGGAGAGGAGGAGGAAAAUGCUGCCGAACUCAAGAUCGGAGAGGAGUUCUUGAAGGCAAAGUGUCUUAUGAACUGUGAAGUUGCAAUCAUCCUUGACCACAAGUACGAGCAGCUUCAGCAGAUGUCUGAUGAUCCCACGAACCAAAUUUCUCAGGUAUUUGAGAAGUCGCUGCAGUACGUGAAGCGCUUUAGUCGCUACAAGAACCCUGAUGCGGUGCGACAAGUUCGAGAAGUCCUAAGCAGAUACAAGCUUGCUGAAUUUGAGCUUUGCGUGCUCGGUAACCUUUGCCCUGAAACAGUUGAGGAAGCUAUUGCUAUGGUCCCAUCAAUCAAGAAUAAAGGGCGGAUUCAGGAAGAUGAUCAAAUUGAGAAGCUAUUGAACGACCUUUCCCUAAUAAAGAAGUUCGAGUAGCUCGUCUGUGUAUUCGAGCCCUUGAGGUGCUCUCUCGAUAAAUUAUGCAACUUAGUGCUAUACCAAUUUAGGUCUGUUUUUGUAUGUUCGCGAACACCAGCAAAGUAAUUAUCCAUCAUCUGAAUGAACUUGUGCUUGAUGUUUUGAAUGUUUUUUUUGUUAACGCUUGAAUUUAAUAAUAGCAAUUGAGUUGGUUGGGAUAAUUUAAUAA